AUGAAGUCACUAACCGAAAGAUACUGCGAGUUAUUGGCAGGGGCCGCUGCGAGCUUCGCUACCGCCUCCCUCGGCUGUAGUAUCGCGUGGCCAACGUCCGUGCUACCGAAACUAACCACACUAUCAAAGGACAAUCCCCUCGGUGCCUCACUCAUUCAUCACGAUGCUCGAUCGUGGAUCGAUAUAGCUCCGGCAAUCGGUGGUAUCAUUGGGCCACUGGUGGCAUGCUGGAUAGCAGAUCGAAAUGGACGCCGUGUAGCACUCCUGUUCAACACCGCAUUCUACGUGGUUAGCUGGUUAACGUUCCUGUUCGUCGCCACAGUUGAGCAGCUGAUCGUUGCUCGGGCUUUGUGUGGCUUCGCCAACGGUUACGUAUUGCUAGCCGCAACCCUCUACAUCACUGAAGUGGCCUGCGACCGGUAUCGGGAUAUGCUCGGUUGCUAUCUGCAGAUCGGUACCACCUUCGGUAUCCUGUACGUGUACUGCCUUGGACCGUAUGUCAACUACCAAAUCGUGCAUGCCCUCUGCUGUGUCCUAUCGAUACUGUUUAGUGUGCUGUUCGUGUACAUGCCCGAAACUCCGCAUUAUUUGAUAUCCCGGGGACGAUUCCGGCAAGCGAUCGAUUCCCUGUUGUUCCUGCGCGGUGUUAACCAUGACAAUGAGGUACGCGAUGAGCUUGACGAGCUGGUACGGUACACCGUCAGACCAACCUGCAAGACAUCUUACUAUUACCAAGACAAUGUGCUACAGCGAGUGGCCAUGCAGCUACUACUCCUCUUCACUGAUCGCGCCAACGGUAAAGCGUUGCUGAUCAGUUUGGGUUUGGUGGUGUGUCAACAGUGGACCUACAUCGACGGUAUCCUGGGCAACUGCACAGAACUAUUCACGAAGGUGUCAACAAAACUUAGGCCCGAACAUGCCACCAUCAUUCUGGGCAUAGUACAGUUCUUCUUCAGCUGCCUGUCACCCUUCAUCCUCGGUCGCUUUAAUAGACGCUCGAUUCUUAUGUACUCUGCGAUCGGAAUGGCCAUGGCCUUCGUGACGCUCGCCAUCUACUUUCAACUGAGAACGAACGGUGUGCUGCCACGGGAUACGUUUAGUUACCACUGGAUACCGCUGGCCGCUUCGCUUGUCUUUGUGGCUCUCUACAAUGGUGGCUUUGGUCCAGCGGCAUGGGCACUCGUCAUGGAGCUGUUUGCCCAUCAGGUGAAACCACUGGGUCUCUCGCUUAAUGUAUCCUGCCUGCUGCUCAGUGACUUUGUUGUCCUUCGGUUGUUCUCGUUUGUGACGGGUUCCGUCGGGCUGGAAUGGGCCUUCUGGAUGUUAGCCUUCUCCUGCACGUUGGCAUUCGGGUUCUCCUGUUUGUUCGUGAUCGAGACACGGGGUCUUACGCUGUGUGACAUUCAGGAGCGCUUGGCUGACACGAACAAAAAGCUCUCUACCAGAUAACUCGCCUCUCGUAUCACACGACAGAAACAAUACGCACAGGGAGCGGGUUACGCACAAGCUUCCAACUGAAAGAACGAGUAAGGAAAAGAGAUAAAUAGAGAGAGCACGAGGUGAAGCGAUAGGAGUACUGGCGGUAAGGUUGUUGGCAACGGGUUUGUUUUGCCUGGUAUGCCGCGAGUAACAUAACAUUUUAGCGCGACGCAGGGAGCUUCAUAGUCCAUCCUCGAUGAGAUAAUGUGGAACGUGAGACUCUGCCCAUCAACCGGGAAUUCGUUGGGGGUUCCUUACGAUGCCACAGCGAAGUGUUAUGCAAGAUCGCAAUGCUUGGCCGGUCGCGACGGUUUUGCGAUCAGGCGGUUGUAUGUCAGAUGCGUGCACUUGGUAGCGGUUUCAUCGUAGCCGUCGACAUCGAGCUGAUAAGGAAGAAAGCAAAACCACGCGCACCCGGUCUACCGCUC